CGUUAUAAAGGUGUUUGACUGCACAAAUAGAAAUGGGGAUUUUUACUGCAUGGUCAGAUAAAUAAUUCUCACUAAUGUUAUAGCAAUUACAUGGCAUUUGCCUGCUUAUCAUGAGUUACUUUUGGUCUGUAGGAAUACAGGGAUGCAUUUCUAAUCUAAGAAUGGAGUCUUAACUUUAGGUAAUAGUCGCAUAAUGGGGCCUUCCACUGUGAACCAGUAUACUAAAGGGACUUGAAAGGAACUGAUUAAAACAGAUAUAUGCACUUGACAAGAAAUGGUCUUAAAUUAAAUCAACUGCAAAGUCACUGUCACCUUGGUUUAUUUUUCAUUUCAGGAGGAAAGAGAGCGAGAGGAGCACGAGCAGACUGUGCACACAGUUAUGCUUGACCGCCUUGGCACUCAGAGCGUCUACCUCUGUCGCAUCUGCAACAAAGCCAUCACCACACUUAGUGGCCUCGCCUGUCACCUUCGGCUGCACUUGGGUCAGCGCGAAAAGUCGUUCUUGUGCCCCACGUGUGGUGCACAGCUAGCCAGCGCUACCACACUCCGUAUACACAUGAUGUUGCACGAGGAAAGCCCUUUGCUUCAGUGCCCCCACUGCCCCCGUCAGUUCCAACUCCGCAUCUAUCUGCGCAAGCAUCUAAGGCGGGCCCACAAUGCACAACUACGCUGCGCCUGUUCGCACUGUGGAAAAAAAUUUGUCACCACCAAGGAGGUUCGCAAGCACCUAGCCACUGUGCACAUUAGCGACCUCUCGCAUGACGAAAUGGCACUGCUCUCCGGGCUGAAAAAGUACUCCUGUGAGCUGUGCCCAUUUGAGACAUACAGUAACAAGGGUGUGCAAACACACAUGUCAAAUCACCCCGAGGCACGGUGGCUCAAAUGCAGUCGAUGCCCAUACUACUACCCAACAGAGGCAGAGCUGCUUGCUCAUGAAGCACGUGCACACAAGACAGUUCCAUGCAAACGCCCUUGUCCACUGUGCCCACGGAUUUUCUACUCGAAUGCUUUAUUUGACGAACAUGCCCAGCUGCAUGCAGACGGUAAUGGCCUAAAGUGCCGGCAAUGUGACAAGGUGUUUAGAACAACUCCGCAACUGGAACGGCACGCAGAGCGCCAUGACCCAACCCUCACUCAAAGGAUGUGAAGACUGUGGACGCACGUUUGCUUCUAUACAGAGCUUACAGGUACAUCAGCGCUCGGUGCACGAGAAGCGCAAAAAGCUGCAGUCACCAAGCAUGCAAAGCCACAGCGCCGACCAUCUGUGCCCGCACUGCCAGCAGCAAUUUCAGUAUGCCAGUGGCCUGCAGGCACACAAAGUUUACAAGCAUGACUAUGCAGACUCUCCCAGUGGGAGCAAGUUGCCCUGCCCUGUCUGCGGAAGGAUGUGCAGCUCUGAGGUCGCCAUGUCCGUGCACUUGCGGAUCCACCUCAACGAGCGCCCGUAUGUGUGUGAGCUCUGUGACAAGCAGUUCACUAGCUUUGGGGCAGCCAAAGCACACAGCACACGCCACCUGACCAUGCAGAACUUUGAGUGCAGUGAGUGCGGUAAGCAGUUCUUACAGCGAAGCAAGCUGAACGAACACAUCCAAUCGGCACACUCCAUGCCACUCGGAACAGAACUGUCUCUUAUUUCCGAUGCUGGUCAGCUGGAAGUGAUAGAGGAGGAAGCAGUGGUAGAGAUUUUGGACCAUUUUGCCGGUGAUGCUCAUAGUUCAAUGCCACAUUUGUCUCUGUAGAACUAGUGGGGCAUUUUAAAUGCCAUGAAAAUUUGCAUACAAGCCUUGCUGCACAUACUCCAUGAUGAAGGCACUGCCAUGUGAUAGUUUCCGGGCAAAGGCACAUGAGCAAGUAUAGAAGGUGCUUUCCUGUGGUAGUUUGUAUAAAUUUAUUGAGAGCUAUCAGAGCUACGUUAUAUGGAAAUCUGCAAUGCCGUCCUUAAACUAGCACAAUUAAUCGGUGUAUCUGUGUACUUGGAACCAUAGAUAUUCCAAGUACUCAUUGUUUAGUCCAGCCAAUGCACACAAAGCACAUCGGGUAAUGCAGAGUAACUUUGUCUGCAAAGAAGAUGGUAAUUUUAUGCAGACUCAAUUUCAUAUCGAGGACACUGUGUCUUAAACCUAAGGCUUUGUGUAGGUGUAGGACAAGUUGUGCUUGAGAGCAUAAGAUUUGCUGCAGUAUACAGGGUGUUUCAGGGAACACCUUCAAAAUUUAUUUAAAGUUGCCUGUGGCAGAUAGCCCAAUUCUAGUUAAUGAGCUGGUCUACUCGAAGAAGCAGACAUUACUUGCACAAGAAAUUGAAAUGCAUAAUCGACUAAUCAACAAAAAUUCACUAAUUAGGUUUCUAACAUAUUAACUUACGGCCCAUGUUGCAAUUUAGAAAUUCUACCCAUGGAGUUCGCAAGGCAGAUGCACUAGGAACGAAUUCUCGAGAUGACACCAGUUUCGAGAUACGUAUUAAUUCCCGAACUUAGCGGAGAAAUGCAUUGGUGUUUCAGUUAGUUUUGUGCUUCAAUGCAAAAAGCGACGUUUUGUUAAGAACCUAACUGGACCUUUUAAACGAGCAGAUCCUGCGAUGCCAGAGGACAAAAACUUACGCCUGAUGCGUGGUGUGAAGGAGCAACUUUUUGCUGGUCUGGUGUGAAGCCCUCCAAAAAGUGUGGUCGAGUUCCUCACUGAAGCUGUGACGAUAGAGAAAGUUCAUCAGUGGUCUGCCCUCUUCGACCGGCAGGUGAAUGCCACGUCAGCUCCUGAAUUGUUCACCACCGUUGGGAGCAGUAGCACCGAAUGGGUUCGCGAAAUUGUUCGCUCUGUCGUCCGCGAAGAAAUAGAGAAGCUCUAUGGAGUGAGACAGUCAAUGGUUGGCUUCAUCGCCUGUGUAAUCCGCGAUGAGGUUCAGCAAGCACUGCACAGCCACCAAUAUCCACUGAUGCCCAACGUAGUGCCCACUGAUGCGGGACCGGCCCCCAUUUUCGCAGAUAUUCAGCCCCGCAUGUAUGCGGAAUGCUUGCGAAACUCUAUGCCUGU